ACUAGGUGCCGUCCCUGUAAGCCAGUCUUUAAGCAAGCUAGUGUUUUCGGCCGCUGUGUCUCUCUGUCUUAGCCUCCCGUCGGGACUCUGUUGCUCCUCUACCCCGCCCUGCUCCCACCACAUGAUCCGCUCGGACGCGAAGCACAUAGCCAGAUAAACCCGCAGAGCCCCGUGGACACAAUGAAGGUGGCCGGCAGCAGACGGAGCUCGGCGGACGGAGACGGGAGGAAGGAGCUGGCUCUCCCCUUCACUAACCCUUUCGUGCACGACCUGAGGUUCACCCCGUGGCAGAAGCUCCAGAUUGGGGUGAUGACGCUCACACUCUUCCCCAUUCGGCUCUUCGUCGCUGCAUUCAUGAUGUUGUUGGCGUGGCCCUUCGCCUUCAUCGCCACCAUGGGGCGUUCAGAAGCUGCUGUGGAGCCACAGUGCUUAUGGAGGAGGGUGGUGGACAUUAUUCUGCGAACCAUCAUGCGGGUCAUGUGGUUUGCAGGUGGCUUCCACUGGAUCAGUGUGAAGGGCAGACAGGCUCUGCCUACUGAGGCGCCCAUCCUCACCCUCGGCCCCCACUCUUCCUACUUCGACGCCAUCCCAGUCACAAUGACCAUGGCCACCAUCGUCAUGAAGGCCGAGAGCAAGGACAUUCCACUGUGGGGAACCUUGAUUAAAUACAUCCGGCCCGUGUUUGUGUCGAGGUCAGACCAAGAUUCCAGGAGGAAGACGGUGGAGGAAAUCAAAAGGAGGGCUCAGUCUGGAGGGGAGUGGCCUCAGAUAAUGAUAUUUCCAGAGGGAACAUGCACCAACAGAUCCUGUCUGAUCACAUUCAAGCCAGGUGCAUUCAUUCCAGCAGUGCCCAUACAGCCUGUUGUUAUUCGGUACCCUAAUAAGCUGGACACCAUCACCUGGACAUGGCAAGGCCCUGGAGCGUUUAAGAUCCUGUGGCUAACUCUCUGCCAGCUUCACAACAAGUUUGAAAUCGAGUUCCUCCCGAUCUACACACCCAACGAAGAGGAAAAGAGGAACCCUCCUCUCUUCGCUCACAAUGUGCGCCGCCUCAUGGCCAAGGCUUUGGAUGUCCCUGUGACAGAUUACUCAUUUGAGGACUGUCAGUUGGCCAUGGCAGAAGGCCAACUCAAGCUGCCCGUGGAUACAUGUCUACUGGAGUUUGCCAGACUAGUCCGGAGAUUAGGGCAAAAGCGGGAGAACUCUGAGAAGCUACUGAAAGAGUACAGUAAAAGGGCGCGCAAGCUGCAGGGUCAGAGGCAGAGCCUGGAGGACUUUGCUCAAUUUCUGGACCUGCCGCUCUCUGAUGUGCUCAGAGACAUGUUCGCUCUCUUUGAUGAGCAGGAGGAUGGCACAGUGGACAUCCGGGAGUUUGUAGUUGCUUUCUCUGUCGUGUGCAGGCCUGCCAAAACACUGGAAACCAUUAAGUUAGCAUUUACGAUGUUCGGGGAUGAGGAUGAUUGGGCGAUCACAGAGGGAGAAUUGGCUUGUAUCCUGCGGACUGCCCUCGGAGUGGCAGAGCUCAGAGUGUCCCGCCUCUUCAGUGCGAUCGAUGUGGACGACAGCGGAAAACUUACAUUUGAGAUGUUCCAAAGCUUUGUGGAGCAGCAGCCAGACUUUGCUGAGGAGUUUCUGUAUGCAGAUAAUGCAGGCUUCUGGGGCAGUCCACCCUCCUCCAGCUCAAGCCCUGUGUCCAAUGGCUUCUGUGCUGAUUUCACCCCCAACGAUCACCACACUGGUCAGAAGAAACUCAACUGAACAUCUCUGCCACCCAGGCCUCUGUUUGCUAACUGUCCGACCCCGGAGAAGAGUGAGAGGAAGAGCACGGAAGGGAGGCGGAGGCCUUUGGACUGCCAGUGUCCGAAAAUGCAAAGUUUACUCCCGGUCAACCAGGACGUUCUUGUGACUCUUUGGUUGUCUUCACUUCUCCUUUCUCACUUGCUUUCUCCCUGCUCUUCCUUUUGUUUUUCUUGUUUUGUGUCUUUUUUUUUUUUUUUUUUGGAAAAAGGGACAAAAUCUGAGAGCCAAAAGAUGGUGAUUUCUGGUUUAAAAAAAAAUUUAUUACUUGAAAGCCAAGCACUUAUUGUUUUCGUUUGUUGGGGGAAUAGAUUCGGAGGAGAAAUAUUAGAAACACUGUCAUCGAACGUCAACAGUUAGGGAAGCAAAAUGGUGAAGUCUCUUUAAAAGUGAAACUUUAUUUCCCCUCUUUUUCAUGUUUUAUUAUUGUAGAUGCCUUUCUUAAUCUCCUUUAGUAAGCGUUUGCAUGGGCUCGAUGCUUGAUGACAGUAUUAUUCCAGUGUUUGACUGAAGGGUCACAAAAGCACUGGUGACAAAUAUCUGGCCUCUAAGAAUGGAGGGUCAGAUUUGAGGUGCAUUUAGGCCCAAAUCAAUAUGCUGGUCUGAAUUUAACUGAGCCAGUCCAAUUUUUAAUUCUUGAUCUUUUUUUUUUUGGUUUGUUUUUUGGGGUUAGUUUUUAAGCUCAGGGUUUGGUUAGAAGACUGAAGCUUGUGUCUUGAUGAGCACCAUGUGUGAAGGUAGCGGUGAGUGCAUGUGAUAGUUUAUGGAUCUCCACUCUUUUGACAUGCUGGUUCUUCCUUUGGCCAAAUCAGUUACCCCAUCAUCAGUAGUCUCAGCAGUAUGUAGGUAAUUGCGAUUUGUUUCCUUUUUUCAGCGAAAUCCGACAUCAACAAGGACCAAAAGUCUUCUAUUUGCAUGUAUUCUCUGGUAGUUCUCUGUAGUGCACUGAGAUUAUGAAGAAGGGCAGGCAUCGAAUAGAGUGUUUCUUAGCUGACAGAUCUCUUUAUCUAUAUUGCAUCAUCUUAUGGCAUUCCUUUGUCUUUAUUGUUUUUUGAGACAGAGCUCCACCUUGAGGCCGUCCCUGCUGAGACACAGUAAUCUGCGAUUGUGCCCUUUUUUGAGUAAACUUACAGCUCAGCAGGCCUGGUGCAGUGCUCUUUAAAAAAUUUUCAGCGACCAAACAAAUUUAUUCACAUUUUCUUCUUACUUCCUUAGAUGUAAUCAGCCAAGUCAUGUUGGGAAUAACAAAUGAAUAUUAUUAUUAAAAAUAAUAUUGUUUUUUAAUGAAUGCUUGCAGCAAGUUUAUGGCCAUGCAGUUUAUGGCUGUGCAGUUUACACAACGCUAAUUCAUAGUUCGAAUAAUGCUUCCACUCUUUGUUAGCAUUAGCUUUGUAGCUCCAGUGCAAACUUAAAGCAGCAGAUUUCAGACGCCAAUGACGUCUUAGCUGAUCGAAUACAUUUGGGUGAGAAAACUGUAAACCACACAGUUUUGCCAAACUAUUCCUUUACUGGAAUCUCUGAUUGGGACCUAAAAGCAUUUAAUCAUCACUGCCAAAAUGUGUUUUUCCGUAAGAACGUGUUUGCUGCUGGUCAGACAGUUGUUCAUAAAACAGGAGCUUAACAUUCAGCUCUAAUUUGAAGAAACAGAAAAACAGCUUUGUCACAUCUUCAUAUAAUAUUCUCUACCCACUGCUGCUAAGUAGCAUGAUUAUUAUUUGAUGACGUCUUCAUUAAAAUUUGAUAGGAAAUGCUACUUAUAGCUCCUGUAAGCUUUAAAAUGUUGCUAAUGUCUUUCCCUUUUAACCCAGAGCAGCUCCUAUCAUUUUGAUAGGAGCGUUAUGGCUCAAAACAUGACCUCGUUCUUUCUCUUUGAAUCCAUUUCUGCCUGAGCUUUUUCAUUUUUCAUUGAUAUUAUUCAUCUUAUUUGUUGCUUAGUUUUCUGGACCUAGCUGGUGUUCUCUUUUCUGUUGGAGAAUUGGUCGUGCCCAGUCACCAGUCGUGUAGAACCAGUCACACUAUUUUUGACAGCUUAAGGGAGCUCAGGUUUAGGGCAAUAGUUUGGUGAAAAUCAGAUUUACACAAUUUUCCCUUAAAACCCUGAUGGACACAUUUGGUGUUUGAAAUUCUCUGUUUUGGAUUAAGGUCCAUUGAUUUCACAAAAACAAGUACUAGCCAGCAUCAUUUGGCUUCUACAGCUUUGUAGCUUCAGUUUUGUUUUGUGUUUUUUUUUUUUGUGUGUGUGUGUUUGUCAAGCUGUUACAUUGGCUGACAACAUCUGUGGGUUUAUUUGCUGACUCCCAGGACAAGGCUAAAGGGAAUUGUACUGGUGCAUGGAACAAAAGACACGUUUACUGUUACACAUUUAAACAAUCGUGAUCCUUUUAACCAUCUAACGCAAAUGAGCUGAAGUAGACUUUGGUUUUCAUUUUGCGGAAAUUUUUAUUCUCCAUUAGCAAUUUAGGAAUGUUUCUUAAAGUUUAUUUUGAUAUUGAAGCAGUUAAAAGUGUAAUUCCUAUAAAAUUUCUUUCAGAGCGUACGGUUUUAUAUGAUCUGUUUUUUAUGGUUGACGUGUUUGUGACCGUGAUAAGAUUCAAUUUUUCUGAUGUUAUAUUUUUGACUAUCAUUUUAACAUGAGAGAACCACGAUUCUCAUUCAGUCUCAGGCAUACAAGGACAGACUCCUUUAUUGCCUUACCAUAUACCGCUUUUUCUUCAGCUGUUUGACUUAUUAUUAUUAUUAUUAUUAUUAUUAUUAUUAUUAUUAUAUACAAUAAUUUUGUGCACACUUUCAGCCCUUUUUUCCCAGAAAUGAAAUGCUUCACUUCAUUGUCGUACAUGAUCACAUUUGUACUGUUUGUUAAUGAAGCAAUAUUUCAGCAACCCAAUCACUCUUCACCUGUUAAACAGUCUAUGUAUUUUAAAUAUUCCUUGAUGCUGGGCAUUUUGUGAAUUUUUGAUAUACAUACGCGAUUCUUUUUGUUAAUGUUUUUUUUUCACUGCCAUGAUCUGUGGUCUGAAAUGUUACUUUCAGAUUGUACUGCUGGUUGAAUUGAUGGAAACGUAGUUCACCUGUCUUUGUACAUUGUACGUGCUAUAUUCCUAAAUAACGGCGAAUGAUUACUAUUGUUAAUGGAGGUUUUUGUUUUGUUUGUUUUUUUUUUUUUUAACUUUGUUGAUGUGAAAUGCAGAUUUCUUACAGAUUAAUGCUGGCCUUGAAUUUCAGUGUAAUUUCUAUAAUGAAAAGUGAAUGUAUAGACAAUCUGUCACAAUCAGAAAAUGAUGCACAGUGAGCUCGUCCUUGAUGUGCAGCUGUUGUACAUAUGACAGGACGGAUGACUGCCGCACUCAUUGUGGGCCUGCGAAACACUCAUCACUGCCCAAGUCCAGAUGAGUUUCCUUGUGCUGGCACUUUAGACUUUUCUUCUACUUUUUGGAUCAUUUCUUUCCUUCCCCUGAUAAAAUGUGACUGUGUGUCUGGUUUGCAUGUCAUGAAUAGGUAGCAACACGUUCCUGUUUCUCUGUGUUUGCUUCCAGACUGCAGGAAGGGUUUGUAGGAUCUGAACUUGGCCUUUUCUGCUUUGUUGGUAUUAAGGGACCCAGCAAGUGCAGUGCUUUGCCACUCGGGUGCUGAAAUCAGGCCUUUAGCUGCUAGUUAGUGAUCACUUACCAUCAUGGCCAUGCGAUCCAGUUCAUUCAAAUGGAAUGAAGCGGCCAGUUUCACGUCUGCAGGUUUUGAAAAACGGCAUGAUCUGCCUUGCGAAGCCAAAGAGCAGUAACUACACUUCAAGCUUCAGAGUUCUGUUAUAGUGUGGAUUUUGUGGUUAAAACCCAGUUUUAACCAAAACUGUAGUUACUACAUUUUGCCUUUGUAUGGCAAAAUUGAGUUUGUCUUGGUCGUCUGAACACAGCCUCUGAGAAACUUCACUGCCUCUUCUCUCGUCAGGAUUUCAGAAAUCUGUGCAGCGCCACCCGAUAGUGGAGGUGAAGCAAACAGAAAAAAUACAUUUAGUGGAGAGGGAGUCUCUUCCUGUCUUCUCUAAGGGACCUGCUUUGGUAGUGUAGGAAGGGUGUUCACUAUUGUGGCUGUGGUGGUUUUCUGAAAGGAACAAAGUAAAUUAGUCCACCACAAAAGGCUGACAAGCUUCGCAAAGGAAGGCUUGAGCAUACGUACGACGUAAUUAUGUAGUGAGAAACUGAACAACAGUGUGUUCGAGUUAAAGAUCAAAUCGAACUUCAUUUUCUUUUCUUGCUUUUUUGUUUUAACUGAAAAGUCGGUUUCUUCUUUAUUUAACACCGCUUACGUUGAAUACCUCACAUAACCACAGGCUUCUUUUCUAGACGGCCCCUCAACAGCCCAGUUACAUCCAUUCCUCUGCGUCUCAUCUAUAACGGUGUCCCCUUCGUCUGAGCUGAAGACGAGAGACGGCUCUCCGAUGGCUCGGCGGCGGACCCUCUCUGCAGAUACAGACAUGCGUUUUUUUUUUUUGUUUGUUUUUUUUUAUUAUUAUUAAUUAAUUUUUUUAACCCUUUUUUUGUAAUGUAUGGAGAGUCAUUUUUACAAGAUAUUUUGACCCGUCUGUUUUGACUGCUAUGAAAUUACUUGUCAUUCUGACUCUUGAAUAAAAAAGGGAUACAUCUUAGGA